GUUAGUGGAGCUACUGUGGAGGACUGCAAACAGAAGGAGGCUCUGACAGAGGAGGAGGUGAGGAAGAGGAGGACCUUUCUGAAAACUGCAAGAGACACCAGGAGGAGAAACCAGGAGGAGACACCAGGAGGAGAAACCAGGAGGAGACACCAAGGGACAGAGAGGAGCUGAAUGAAUCAGAUCUGUUUUUGAGAGUUUUACUGACGCCUGACACCAUCAGAGGGGGAGGAGUCAGAAAAGAUGGAGUCAAGUGUCUGCUCAACCUGGGUUUACCUGUGCAUGGUCAUCAUCAUGUUCCGAAACAUCUCAGCUGAUCCCGAUCCACCUGCAUCCUACACUGUCCAUCCCCAGCAGAUCAGCUUUGAGCAUGCGAUGAAGGUCUGCUCCCCCGGCGUCCUCACCACGCUCUCCACCCAACAGGAGGUCUCUGAGGUCCUUCAGCACGUCUCCAACAAGCUCCUUAAUCUGAAUCAGAACAAGUUCACCUUCUGGGUGGGUCUGAGGAGCCUGAAGAACGAGUGUGUGGUCCCCUCGCUGCCCCUAAGAGGGUUCAAGUGGAUCCAGGACGGCAGUCAGAAGUCUGAAGUGAUCCACUGGAGGGAGGAGCCUAAACACACCUGUACCUCUUUACGCUGUGCAGCACUGCAGGGGGAGUUUGAUGGGACGACAGUGACCAGAUGGGGUCUGAUCCCGGUCACCUGUAGGAACAGCUACCAGUUCAUCUGUAAACUAACACCUGGGGACAGAGAGACCCCCGUCAAACCUGCUAAACAACAACCUGAACCAGCCACACCUGAACCACCUGGACCUUCCACAGAACAACCACCUGUACCUGUAACACACACACAUCAAUCUACACCUGUAAUACAUAUGCCAGAUCCUGAUUCUGAACGUUCUGCCCCACCCGAAACUAAUCUGAAGCCUAACACUGGACCAGAUCUACAGGGACUUAAACCUGGCGCUGACCCUGUGUCAGGUAAGAAUACGUGUGUGCGUCCUAAAGAUCCCAACGACACUCCCGGGAUCCGGUCAUUCAUCCUGGACCCUGAGAACAGCAACAGGAUCCAGGUGGAGUGCUGGUUGUCUGACCUGGUGGAGCUCAGGUGUUUGGGUCAUCCUCUGGUGUGGCGUCUCUUGGAUGACUCGCCCGUCAACUUCUCUGCCGUCUGCCAUCCGUGCGAAAGCGGCUUCAAGAGAGACGCUUUAGGACACUGUGUGGACAUUGACGAGUGCAGCACCACCGCCACCUGCAGGCACACCUGUCUAAACUCUCAGGGCUCCUUCAGUUGCGUCUGCUCUGAUGAGGACGGGAAACACCAUGACGAGGACUCGCUGGCCUGCAGGGACACUUCUGCAGACAGCCAGAAUGGCCUCUUGUCAGGGAUCCUCUUCCCCGUGUUGAUUGCCAUAGCGGCGUUUGUGGUGCUGUUGGUGGUUGUGGCGGUGACGGUGAAGUGCUGCAUGACAAGGCGGUCAAAGAAACACGACAUGGAGAAGAUGGCCAUGAAGAGCAAAGAGGACAAGGAUUCAUUUCAAACAGCCAAUGAGAAGACGGCGACAUGAGGAGGCAGCGCUGUGAUUGGUCAAAGGCUGUGACAUCAUCAAUGAGAACUCUUACUGUUCACUGCCUGAUGAAAAUAUUUGUCUCAAAAAACAUUUCAGGGAGUUUUUAUUCCUUAAAGUAAAAUGUCUGACAUAACGUUCAAAUAAAGUUUUUCUGUUUUUACACUGAAGAGAAAAAAAGUCAGAAAGUUAUUUAUAGAAAGUUGUUGAAUAUUGACUCUGAUCUCAGUUCAGACGUUUAAAAUCUCAGUCACAGUUUGACCUGAACUCCGUCUGACAGGUGGCAGCGCUCUGAUGAACCUGGAAACAUAACCUUGUGAUUUUUUUCUGUUUUAAGUUUUGAACUUGUUUCUACGACGUUGUCCUCUCCUCGUGUUUAAUCUCUUCAUUUUAAGAUGAUCUCACUUUUAUUCCUAUUUUAUAUCAAACCUUCCAUAUGGAUGUUGUGGUCGACUUGUGUGACUCUGAAUGUUGAUAAGACUCGGACUUGUCUGCAACUCGACUCCAUUCCAUGUAAAAGCUUCUGAAUGUUUUGUUUCUGAAUCUGAAGGAGAUUUUAUUGAAAGACUGAAGAGUUCAAAUGUCUGUUCUUACUGAGCAUGUAAAACUGAAUAAAAUAAAAUAAUGUGUUGAAUGUA